AUGGUCCAGUGGACGGGUUCGCUGUCUGCCCGAGCUAACGCACUUGGUCGCCGUCAGAUCGAGGUUGGAGGUCUGAAGCUCGGCGGAGGAGGCAACGCAACUGAAGGCGCAGCUGGCGGACAGACCCAAGGAGGAAAUGGAGGCGGUCUGACUAUUGGCGGAUUGACCCUCGGUGGCUCCAAUGGUGGCAUCUCAGGCAAUGGCCUCAACUUGCCUGGAGGUCAGAACAACGGCCAGGGUCAACAAGGUCAGGCUGAGGGAGCAGGCACUGCUGAGGAACAAAGACAAGCAGAGGGAGCAACGCCGGCAGAAGGACAAGCAGCACAAGAGUCUAAGCCUGCCGCUGAAGGUGCGAAGCCCGCAGAGGGUGCUCCGGAAGCUGAGGCGGCACCUAAAGAGACUGCCGCUAAAGCUGAGAAGCCUGCUGAAGGCGCUCCAGAAGCCGAAGCAGCGCCCAAGGAAACCGCCGCUCCGAAGCCAGCUGAAGGCGCGCCCGCAGCCGAGGCAGCACCAGCAAAGUCAACUAUUACCGUUGAAGCCGGCAAAUCAGGAGGAAACGCAACGGCUGCAUCAGCAGAGGCACCCAAAGAAACAGCCGCAGCAGGUGAGGAGCCAGCGACAGCGGCCGAAGCAAAGCCAACUGUCACUGUCGAAGCUUCGAAGUCGGGAGAGGCCGUGGCCGCAAAUGCAACAGCAGCCGAAGCAGCACCCGCUGCAGCGAAGGAGACCGUCAUAGUCGAGGCCUCGAAGCCAGGAGGAAAUGGUACGGCUACCGAAGCUACAGCUGCAAAAGAGUCGCCUGCCACUCCUGCUGAGAGCCGACCAGCUGCCGAGACAAAAGCGCCAGCUGAAGAAGCGAAGGCACCCGCUAAUGAGCCAGAAGCACCAGCUGAAGAGCCCAAGGCACCCGCUCCCGCAGAAUCUGCAAGCGGAGCCGGACCAGGAACUGAAAACCAACCUGGACGUGCUGAAGGCGAAGCCGCCGCGGCAGAGGCUAAAGGUGAGGCGGCUGAGGCAAAGGGUGAGGCUGGUGCUGGACAGGAAAAGUCCAAUGGCGUCAAGGCUACCGAGGAGUCGGAGCGCUUCUCAGAAGAGGCUGGCAUUACACUAAACACGGAUGGCAGCGCGGCGAAUCUCGGUGGAAACCUGGGAAUCACUCAAGGUUCCGAUGGAAGCAAGUCCGUUGGAGGAGAAAACGGGAUCAACAUUGCGGCCAACGGCGAGGCUACAGCUGCAGGAACGGAGAGGGAGUAG